AUGAUAGCAGAACUGGAAAAAGAGUUAAGAGAUAAGAGCGGAGUUGGGGAUGGAUGUAGUUCAUGGGUGAGGUCAGGAGGCAAGGCAAGGAAUCUGUAUACCUUUGGACAGGACAAAGACGGCAAGGUCGCUGGCGCCGACAGCCUCUUCUGGCUCCACGAGCCCCGCAGCCCUAGCCACCCAGCUCCCCUCAUCCCCUGUGCAGCUGCCGGCGCAUCACGGCGCGCAUCCGCACACCGUGUGGUGCAAGGCACCCAUCCCAGCACCCACCCCCCCCCCCCCCCCCGCCUCCGCACCAUCCCUACCGCUGGCUGCGCCGUCGCGAGCCUCCCACACCCGCCCCCAUCACUCCCUGCUGUCUGGCACUACUCCGGCGAGAUCUGGGGGGCAGCGCUCUCGCGGACGCGCGCGCAGUCUGGGCGGCGGCAUCCACCGCGCGGCGCCCCUGCCCGGCGUCCCCCACCCCGCGCCGCUCCGCUGCGACGGUGCCACCGGUCGGAAUCUUCUGGUGGCAACGCCCGGCGACAGGCGCACGACGUGCAGCACGAGGAGACCCUGCAGCAAGCCAUGCUCGCCCAGAUGGGCAGAGAUCGAGCAGGAGUGGAUUCCGUGGUGCACGACGACGCCGACGGCUUCUCUUCGCCACCGAGCUCUGCUCCCCUCCCUCUGCGUCAGAAUCAAGCUUAAACAGGUGCAUCUUCGAGCAAGUAUAGUACGGGCAGAUGUCGCUAAAGGAUUAAUCAUGGUUUCUGAAAACUGACUAUGCUCCCUUGAGUACUACGCAGUAACAAACUCAGGUUAGUGUGCAUUAAGAUCUAAUAUAGUUAUGUGGUUAUAAUGCAUAAUUGAACAUACUAUACCUUGAGUUGCUAUAAUUUGAUCCAGCAAAUUCAUGUGCUAAGGACUUCCUUGUAGACUAUGUUCUUCAUGGUCAUUAAAAAGGGCACAGAUCCUUUUUGCUUAUUUGAAUUCUUGAUUUGUUCCUUGCCCUUGCCCUUGCCCUUACCCUUACCCUUGCCAUUGUCCUUGAUGGCGAGAAUCUUAAUAUUCCUCUUUGCGGUGGCUCUAGACAAUCCGACGUAGAGCUGACCGUGAGAGAAUAUCGGGUCCGGUAGGUACACCCCAACAAGCGGGAUGGUCUGCCCUUGCGCCUUGUUGAUUGUCAUGGCAAAACUGAGCCUAAUAGGGAAUUGCUUCCUCUUGAACUUG